CCUGAUUAAAUAACGCAAAACAAAGUUUCCAAGAAAUGAUGUGAGCUAUUUAAUAAUCUCAUAAAAUUGGGUAUUUAAAAAAAGAAAAAACUGAAGAUAAAGCGGCAAUGUUUUAUAGUGUAUUAGGCAAAACGAGAGGUCAAAUAAUGAUAAAAAAAUGUAUUAACUAGGUUUAAAAAAACAUAGAAAAUGUGAUCUUAUAAAAGGAAGGGAUUCUUAUAUUAAAAUAUUUACAAUAUACCAAGAAAAACAAAUUGAGCUAAAUCUUAAAAGGGACCCUCCACUGUCAACAAAACAAAACAACAACUUUAUAUUAGAUACAUAUUUAUUUAGGCAUUUUUUUCAUUGGGGCUAUAUCCUUUGCAAGCCCUGCCAUUCUUUCUGUGGUUGCCCAAUCAAAGACAUCCCAGUGUAGCUCUAUGAGAAUUCUUUGCAAGGCAGGAGUUCUGAGCAUUUGGUGCUGCAUAAAAGUUUAGUUCCACAGAGCUAAACAAUCAGGAAGUAACAGGACUGACCGCCUGAUUGACAGCCAGGAGGGUGUGGACCAAAGUUCAUUUAUAAAAGUGCCAAUUUCUCAUCUAGUUAUAUGAGUAAAAAAGAAAUAAAAGUGGACAUACUAUACACAUAUAAAGAAACUCUCCUCCCCCCCAUUACAAAUGUGGGGGGGCAUGAUCGCUGCCCCCAGAUAGGUUAUUGGAGAGUCAAGGCAACAAUGCAAGUUGUUGGAAAAGCGAUACUAGGGUCAGUAAGUGGUGUGUCUUGUCAGAGAGUGCUGGACAGUUGAGUGUAGGCAAACUGUGAUUUUGACCACCCACCCACUGUUGGCUUGGUUGCUUGGUUUGUCAUUCUUUGCUUAAUUUGUGUUUUCUGUUCUGUUGUUCUCACAGCUUGGCAGAUGUCUUGGCCAGCUUAAAACGAGAGCUUAAAGUUCCUUGUCCAUUCCAGAGCUUCGGAACUCAGAGUCUGCUGAAGGCUGAUAGAGAAAGACAGGCUGCAUAGGACUCAUGGUUUGGUUAUCUGUCUGUCUGGUAAUCUCUCAAACGGCUGACAGUUGGCAAUGUUUGUUGGCCUGUGAGUGUGUUCAGAAAUAAAGCUGUGGCCGUUGCCCUAUCCACUAAUUAGGAGUCAGACUUUUAUUUAAGGGGCAACGUGAUGGGGAUUAUGGGUGGGUCAGCAGUCAAGAGGUUUGGAGUGUAACUUUAAUGAAAGAAAUAAGAAACACAAAAAAAGGAUAACCCUAAAGACCAACCAUGCAUGAUAUUCACAUUUUAACAUUCAAAUAUACAGUUUAACUGUGAAAUGAAAAAGUAAAUUAUAAAAAAAACAAAACACUUGGAUUUGAUUUGAACACUAAAAAUGAAUGAUUCCAUUUUCCACCGGAUAUGGUUCAAAAAAAGUUUACAACCUGGUCCCUGUGACGGAAUUAUUCAAUUUUAUGCUAGCUUAGAUCAGAGUAAAAUGGAAUGGAUGGACUGUAAAAGCAGGUUCCAAAUGUUGUAGGUAACAAAAACAAAGGAGAACAAGGAUUGUAUAUCUGGUUAUAGAAUUAUUUCUUAAUUUAAUCUUGAUAUAAAAGUUCUCCAAAAUAAUUGAUCAAAGAACUGAAAAUUUAAAGGAAUACAUUACCUCAUUUUUUUUUUUUCAGAACUCCUUUUUAUAUAUAAAAACACAACUAAACUGGCCUUUACCCCGGCACUGAGAUAGACUCCUCACUGCAGAUAGGUGAAGAUAGCUGGACAAUGACUGCACCGAGGUGGAGAGUUACUUUUUUAAAGAAACACUAUAUCAUUAGAAUUACAAACAUGAGUUUUACUUCCUUUACCAUCCAGUCCUCAUCGGACCAGUCACCGCAGGGAAGCUUUGCUUCUUUGGCAGAGAUGAUCAAUGUAGAUGAUCUCAGCCAAUCCAAUGAUUUCCCAUGCUACUGUGCAUGCACGGCAAAAUGCAGAGCUGCACCAAUCAAUGAGAUCAUCUGAUUGAAAUAGCCGAGUUUCAUUCGGCUAUUUUGGUAGAAGCACCUCUAGGGGCUGUCAGAGUAACAGCCACUAGAGGAAUUUUAAACUUGAAAUGUAAUCAUUGCCAUUUGUGCAGAACAGCAAUGUAUUCAGCUGCACUGUUAAAAGGACAGGAAUAUGGCACACAAACCACCUUGAGAUAAGAUUCAGCGGCCUGGGUGCCUAUAGUAUCCCUUUAAGAUAUAAUGAGAUGAUUCCAAAUCGGGUAUUACAUGCUAUUCAAACUGAUGUUUUAAAAAAGUCAUCUUAGUUAAUAAGUUUAGGGGGAAAAAUGGAUUAGAGAAGAUCAUUUCCUUUAAGUGUAUCCUACCUUUCACACAAUAUUUUUAAAACAUGAUAUUUCUGUUCAAAGUAUACCUAACUAUAGACUGCCAUUAUUUUCGACCUGUCUCUUUCUUGGCACACUGCCAUAUCUGGUUUUAUCCACCGCCCUGCUAGGGCUGCUACAUUUUGCAGUUCAGUGAUCCCAGUAAUGACUUUGCAUUAUCAAAGAUGUGGAAAAGCAGUGUGGAAAAACCCCCAAAAAGGAGUCCCCCUCCCCUUUCCCAUCCCAACUAAACCCUCCUGUCUCCACUCACAAUCAGGCUCAAUAAUUAGACCUGCAUCAAUUUAAUUAACCUAAUACAGGUGGUCCUCAUUUUGCAACCUACCUGUUUUAUCACGGCUUGCGUUUAUGACCAGCUGGUCUAUGUUUGAGGAAUUUGAGGGAUUCCCUGCUCUGCUGCGCUUGUCUAUGUUCGGGAAAAUUUCCCCAAACAUAGACCUGCACUGGUGCGCAUGCACUUCACGACCGGGUCAUAAGAACAGAGAGGGCGGGGCCAUGCACAGAUUACUGUGUUCAGUCUGAGAGGGCGGGGUCAGGCACAGAUUGCGGUGGUCAGUCAGAGGGGGCGGGGCCAUGCACAGAUCACUGUGUUCAGUCAGAUGGGACGGGGCCAUGCACAGAUCGCGGUGUUCAGUCAGAUGGGACGGGGCCAUGCACAGAUCGCGGUGUUCAGUCAGAGGGGGCGGGGCCAUGCACAGAUUGCGGUGUUCAGACAGAGGGGGCGGGGCCAUGCACAGAUUGCGGUGUUCAGUCAGAGGGGGCGGGGCCAUGCACAGAUCACUGUUCAGCCUGAGGGGGCGGGGCCAUGCACAGAUUGCAGUGUUCAGUCAGAGGGUGGGCGGGCACACUGCCCGCACAGAUCACUGUUCAGCCUGAGGGGGCGGGGCCAUGCACAGAUUGCGGUGUUCAGUCAGAGGGGGCGGGGCCAUGCACAGAUCACUGUUCAGCCUGAGGGGGCGGGGCCAUGCACAGAUCACUGUGUUCAGUCUGAGGGGGCGGAGCCAUGCACAGAUCACGGUGUUCAGCCUGAGGGGGCGGGGCCAUGCACAGAUCAAUCUCAUUCAGACUCAAUACAGCGAUCCUAGAGUCCAACAGCCUCUGUUCUGGCCAGGAAGCAGCAGUCUCCAGGCAACAGGUAUGGAUAGAAUUUUGGCAGAAUAUCUGCUUCCCUUUUAGGCACGACCUGUCCUCAGGGGCUUCCUCGAAUGUGAAACACAUGACAGGCGCACAGUCGGAUUUGCCGGCAUAUGCGCUAACCUUACCCAAACCCCCAUUAAAACACUGACACAGGUUAUACUGUUGGAAAUAAUUUGUCCACAGCUUUAUUAAAUUAUUAAUAAAUAAUUAAGGAAUAACAAAUGGGGUCAUUGCCAACAAAUCUUAAUAAUGUUAACCUCCCCCAUAUACAUAACAUACCCCUAGCAAUGACCCCACAAUAAUAACAAUAGAUAACAAUCUAAAUAACAUGUUAAUACAGAAACUGGCCGUCCAAUUUGACCACAUUUCCACCAGGUUAAAUUGUAGGGGUGUACCGAGACACCGCUACCCACCAUAUCCAUUGUAGGGGUGUACCAAGACACCGCUACCCACCAUAUCCAUUGUAGGGGUGUACCAAGACACCGCUACCCACCAUAUCCAUUGUAGGGGUGUACCAAGACACCGCUACCCACCAGUUCCAGUGUAGGGUGUACCAAGACACCACCACACCCCCAGGUUCGGAGCCACCGACGGGCUCGAACCUACCAACCACGUGCAACACUGCCCAAUCCACACUAAACCUCAGGAUGCCCACUUUCUCCUCCAUCUACCCUCCGAUUUAACCAGGCCAUUCCCCGCCGCUGUGAAAAAACGGGAAAUCAACUAACCUAACCAAAUACAGGGAGGGUGGGAGGGACAACUGACAGGUAAGCUUAGGUUCAGUUAAAAUGGCCACUUCAUAUAAUGGCUGGUAUAAAUACUCCCCUUAUGGCUCCGCCCUACCCAGCAUGCUAGCGGUCACUAAAUUCCUGUGGCUGCUAUGCCUACCUCCUGGCUCUGUCAAGGCCUAUUCCUCUUAGCUGCUCUGAUCCAUGGGCUACAUGACAGGCGCACAGUCGGAUUUGCCGGCAUAUGCGCUAACCUUACCCAAACCCCCAUUAAAACACUGACACAGGUUAUACUGUUGGAAAUAAUUUGUCCACAGCUUUAUUAAAUUAUUAAUAAAUAAUUAAGGAAUAACAAAUGGGGUCAUUGCCAACAAAUCUUAAUAAUGUUAACCUCCCCCAUAUACAUAACAUACCCCUAGCAAUGACCCCACAAUAAUAACAAUAGAUAACAAUCUAAAUAACAUGUUAACACAGAAACUGGCCGCCCAAUUUGACCACAUUUCCACCAGGUUAAAUUGUAGGGGUGUACCAAGACACCGCUACCCACCAUAUCGAUUGUAGGGGUGUACCAAGACACCGCUACCCACCAUAUCCAUUGUAGGGGUGUACCAAGACACCGCUACCCACCAGUUCCAGUGUAGGGUGUACCAAGACACCACCACACCCCCAGGUUCGGAGCCACCGACGGGCUCGAACCUACCAACCACGUGCAACACUGCCCAAUCCACACUAAACCUCAGGAUGCCCACUUUCUCCUCCAUCUACCCUCCGAUUUAACCAGGCCAUUCCCCGCCACAGCUCAGGACUUGACACCUAAAGCUCCUGAGCGACCCCCACCACACCGGAAUAAGGCCUGUUGAAUGCCUUCCUGAAGGCCCAAUUUAAACAGAUCACACCUUACAUCCGAAAAUGUACCCCAUCCCACCUGGAGUACCCAGGGAGCUUUCCUCCCAAUUCGUUGUGUCUCACUGUUACACCGCCCCCACAUCUGAUAAAUACCGCCAUCAAUUUUUUAUUAAGUUGUCCUCGACACCGAGCUACCACGGCCGGGUACGUAGUAUGUCUCCAAUGUAACCAAGGAACCAUCUCGGACCGCACCACCACCACACCCGUGGCCAGCUCCCAUAGCUGGUCCACCUCCCUCUGCCUCCACCUGAUCAAUUCCUUUUCCGGGACCAUGCCAAUAUCCAGAAUGUCCUGGAAAGUACCCCUUGUUACCUCCCGGAAAAAUUUCUCCCCUAAUGUCUUGCCACCAAAAUCCCUGAAAAACAAAACCACUCCUGCUCCACCAAUUUCAAAGGAAAGCCCAGUUACGUUUGAACUGAAACGCGGCUCCCAUCUGUGCCCCUUAGAUAUAAGAAUGACCCACCAACCAUGUCACCAAACCUGAAACGAAAGUAAUUAGCGACACGGCAUAGCCCCAAACACAAACCCAUACGUCCAUAGCCAUUAAACCAAAUAGACUGGCCUGAAACAGGACUUAAACCGUACUGACUCCCACCUGCCUAAACGUUUCCCUAGGUCCUCACUUAAAACCAGGUGGGGUGCCUCUGUUACCGCCAUCACCUGGGAAGAAUGGGUCCCAAAGUGCCCGGGAUCCAAACCCAACAUUGUCAAACCCCUUCGAACAAACACCUGCGGGAAUUGAAUCGUGACAGCACCGAUCUGUCCCCUUUUAUCAGUAAGCCAUCCGGGAUGUCCGGGCAAAGCUCCAAGUAGCAUGAUGCGCUUAACACCGGGCGUACCCCUGACCCCGGCAGGGAAUAUAGCUUUACCAAACCUCCUUUACCAGACACAUUCGUUCUUGAACAACCCUACUGAAUCGUUACCUUAACCGACUAAGGUUCGACAACCGAGUGUAGAACUCCCCAACACCUGCCCGAAGGCACUCACCAGUUCCCCAAUCCAAAUUGCCCCAAGCCUCCGAGAAGGCCACCGCAAGCAAACUCACUGCAAAAGUAGGGUAAUACACCACCAGGCGUUGCGUUACCCACGGAAACCCACCGCCCGGCACCGACAUAUUUCAUAUCUCUCCGUAAGACCCGCGAUGCCUGACGGACGUGACAACGUUCCGUCACUUCCUCCCAAUCAGUCAGUUUAAACCCUAACGACAAUGCCACCAUGCUCCUGUCCAUUGCUGAUGGAGCUAACGCUGAACAAACAAACGGCUUAGGAACCACAGCAAGGUAUCCCUUCGCCCCUCCUUUGACUGCCCCCACAGUGAAACCAACCGCCUUGUCCCACAUAUCUCAAACGUUCACAUAGGCAGUCCCUGUGCCCGGUGCCAUAGGAUUCUGUAUCGAUCCUCCAAGCAUGGCAUCUCGAGCUGCCACAUUUCCUCCAGACUGGACAGUCCCUCCUCCCGCGCCCCCUUGCCAGGCUCUGGAGUAUCCGGUGGAUGCCGACUCCUGUCCGCGCUGGUCCAGCCUCAAGCCCGUAAAAGUAACACUCCUCGACCUGCUUCUCCAUCCCUCAUCCGACCUCCCGCUGCUGCUGUGCCUGUCAUUGUCGUUGCGCUGCUCCCUGCCGUACUCACACCUGCUGAUGCUCCUCCUGUGUUCCUGCUCCUGAGAACGCCCCCCAGGGGGCUCCCGCUUGCCUCUGUACCUUACGUCCAUUUCCACCCGUCCAUGUCCUCUCUUCUGCCCUCUGCUUGCAGUACCUGGCCUCUCCCAGGCCGCCUCAUCCACUUGUGGCCCCUUUAAUUAAUCCUGGUUGUUGGCCUUCCCCUCCAUAGCUGCUCUGCUGUGCCUGUGAAGACUCCGCCUGCUGCUUUCACUAUCCCAUUCCUUCACCUCUGACCUGACCCUGGCCCCAUCCAGUGCCGCCUCCGUCUGUGUCCCGCCGACCUGGAACCCCCCCGCCUGCCCAUUUGGGGGGGGAGGAGGGAACGCUUUUACACUGCUGGGCCCUUGCAUCAUUCCCCCUGUCACUCAGGUAUGCCACCAGGGGCAGACUCACCAGGACGCCUCUUGCCGCUCUCCCUGCCUGGCGGCCAUCAUGUCAUGCUGGAUUCCGCCGUCCUUUGUGCUUUCCCGCCCCCCCGCCUUAUUGCAGGGGGCGCUCUUCCUGUGCGGCCUCAUCCUGACCUGCCGUCUUGCCUGACCGGCGCCGCGUCGAACAUACGGCGCCAGCCGCCCUCCAACUCCUGCCUGCUUUCCGACCUCAUUCUCAGCCUUCCCCUUGCCGCCUCCUGACAGGCUCACGGGCUGCCGAACUAACGAUGUCACUCACAGGCUGCCGCUGGGGCGUCCUCGCUCUCCUUGCUGGCCUCUCUUCCACCGCCGCGUGGGGGGGGGGUAACAGACGUGCUCGGGGCCCCCCAGCUGCUCCUGCAGCCACCAGCCACGAUUCUGCCACAACCUUUGUGACCAGGAUGGUGGCUUGCUUGGAGUUCUGUCUGAGGCUGAUGGGAGUGAGCAUGCAGCAGCAGCAGCUCACUCCAGCCUCUCCUGUACCUCCAUGCUGUCUCCUGUCUCAGUACUGUCUGUUCUACAUGCUGCUGAUGGGAGUGAUCAUGUAGUAGCAGCUCACUCCAGCCUCUCCUGUACCUCCAUGCUGCCUGUUCUGCCAUGCUGCCUCCAUGCUGCCUGUUCUGCUAUGCUGCCUCCAUGCUGCCUGUCCUGCUAUGCUGCCUCCAUGCUGCUGCCUUCUCCCUCCAGGGCAGGCAGCUUUCACAACUGACAGGUAAGCUUAGGUUCAGUUAAAAUGGCCACUUCACAUAAUGGCUGGUAUAAAUACUCCCCUUAUGGCUCCGCCCUACCCAGCAUGCUAGCUGUCACUAAAUUCCUGUGGCUGCUAUGCCUACCUCCUGGCUCUGUCAAGGCCUAUUCCUCUUAGCUGCGCUGAUCCAUGGGCUACAGGGCCUGCAGUGCUGGGAAAUUUACAUCAUAUAAAUAAAAGAGGCAGGGGGGUUUGUGAUACGUGCGUCUUAGGUGAUAAUAUGUGAUUAAUAACAUACGUAAUAGAGAAUGUGGCUAAUUAACUGUGUAAAUCUGUUCAUCUUUGAGAGAGGCUGAAUAGCUAUUUGUUAUUUUGUGAAAAUUUAGGAAUGUGUUUCUAUGUUAACAUGUCUGUGUUUUUGAAUUUUAGCGUGUCUUUUUUUAUGUUAGCGUGUCUGUGUGUUUGUAUGUUAGCGUGUCUAUGUUUUUGAAUUUUAUCGUGUGUGUUUGUAUGCUAGCGUGUCUGUGUGUUUGUAUGUUAGCGUGUCUGUGUGUUUGUAUUUUAGCAUGUCUGUGUUUUUGAAUUUUAUCGUGUGUGUUUGUAUGUUAGCGUGUCUGUAUGUUAGCAUGUCUGGUUGCUAGAUGCGUGUUAAAUGUAACUAAUAAAGUGUGAGUGUCUGUGUGGCUAUUAGGUUUGUGAUUUUGACCUGUGCCAUAACGCUACCAAAGCACCAUGGGAGAUGUAGUUUCAAAUAUGUUCUGUUUAUGAAUUUGAAUGUUUACUGGGAAUAAACUGUGAUGACGCCCUUUCCGUUCUCUGCAUGUAUUGACAAGGAAAAUACGUUUGUGAAAGUUCAAGGUACAGAAGUCCUGUGUUUAUAACCUGCUUCCAAACAGAAUAAUUUUUAGAGAGAUACCCGGCAGACUACAGGACAAUGGAGCAAAAGGUCCACACAUUUAAUAAACCCAAGGUAAGACGAACACAGAUCAGAGAGGAAUUCAUUUAUUUAAAUAUAAUAUGGCUAAUUAAAACAGGAUUCAUUUAGAAGUAACCAGCGAUAAUUGCAGCGCAGUGUUCAAUCCUAUGCUUGAGGUUUAUUCGCUAAUCUUUAAUCCAGAGUUAAUCCAGAGUCACUCCUAACCAUACUUAAUAAUAGUCUCCUUCAAACAGUGUUUGUUGUUUUAUAAAAUAUAAAAAUAAUAAUCUAACAGCAUUUGGUGCCCACAAUAAUGGGAAAAGAAUGUACAGCGCUGCAGAAUCUGUUGGCGCUUUACAAAAUUAUAAUAAUUAUCUAACAGCUGUUGCUGUAGACAACAAUGGGAAAAGAAUGUACAGCGCUAUGGUAUAUUAUAAAAGGAUGAUAUAAAUAAUGGUCUGAUUGCUGUUAUAUAAGUAUCUCAGACCGAAUCAUUUUUAUUUAGAAUAUAUUUUACUGUUACCAGAAAGGAUAUUUGCAGAUUACUGCAGGUAUGUGACAUCCCAUUCAUUCAAACCAUUGUCUGGAAAUCUAUUGUGAAACAGGACUGUACAUGGGGCACACGGUUGUGCAUUUUUACAGUAAGAACAAUAAGGAUGUUGAAUUCUCUGCCUGAAGAAGUGGUUUUAUUGGACUCUGUAAAGAUGUUUAAAGAGCAACUGGAUGAAUACUUGCUUAUUGUUUCAAGGAGAUAUCGGACUGCCAUUCUGGCGUCAAAAAGGAUUUUAUAUCCUAGUUUGUUGCAAAAUUGGCAAAGGAAGAGGCGCUGGGCCGCAUGGCUGGCCCUUUCCGGGACCCGCCUCUCCCUGACAUCAGGGUCUCACCGUUAGGCAUCGUGCCCAAGAGAGAACCGGGGAAGUUUCGGCUCACCAUCUAUUGCACCCUCAAGGGGGCUCGGUAAAUGAUGAUAUCGCGGCGGAACUAUGCCAGGUUUCAUACGCUUCGUUCAAUGUGGCGGUGGGCAUGGUCAGGGCCUCGGGCCCGGGGCACUCAUGGCAAAAACCGACAUUGAGUCGGCCUUUCGCCUCCUACCGGUUCACCCGGAGUCCCAUCAUCUCCUGGGUUGUGCAUUUGAAGGGCAUUAUUACGUGGAUAUGUGCGAUAUCCUGUUAUUUUGAAUGUUUUAGCUCCUUCAUGGAAUUGGUGGUGAGAGCGGAGUCCGGUUACGACUCCUUGCUUCACUACUUAGACGAUUUUCUGUGUGUGGGUCCCGCACAUUCCCCGAUAUGCGCGCAGAUUUUGCAAUCAGUGGCGGACGUGGCCUGUGGGUUCGGUGUUCCGCUGGUGCCCGACAAAACAGUUGGCCCUUCCCCGUGUUUGUGCUUUCUCAGAAUCAAGCUGGAUUCUGUUAUUGGGGAAUGUUGGCUCCCAGUGGACCAAUUGACUGAUCUAUGGGGGGCGGUGCGGGAGGCGGGCUCCCUAUGGAAGAUUACGUUACAACGACUUCAAUCCCUCUUGGGCAAGUUGAACUUCGCCUGUCGGAUCAUGCCUAUGGACAGAGUGUUGAACCGGCGCAUGGCGGCCGCCACGUUGGAAAUAUCAAAGCCGUUCCAUUUCAUCCGCUUGACCAAGGCACUCAGGGAGGAUUUGGCAGUGUGGGCGGUUUUUCUUGAUGGGUACAAUGGUAGGUCCUACUGGCAGCAGCCAGAGGUAACGAAGGCGGUGCUGCAUCUGUUCACGGAUGCCGCGGGUUCAUCGGGAUUUGGGGCUAUCCUGGGGAAGCAAUGGUGCACGGAACCUUGGCCUGAAGCAUGGUUCGAAUCAGGCCUGACCAGGAACAUGGCGUUCUUGGAGCUCUUCCCCAUCGUGGUGGCGGUUCAUCUUUUGGGGCCGGAACUCAAGGACCGGCGGGUCGUGUUCCACUGUGACAACUUGGGGGUGGUACAGGCCAUUAAUAAUUUAACGGCCUCCUCCCCUCUGGUGGUCAGGCUUCUGCGGCGACUCGUAUUACGGUGCUUGUCUCUCAAUGUGACAUGCCGCGCUGUGCACAUUCCGGGUGUUGUGAAUACCACGGCUGACGCUCUCUCUCGUUUUCAAUGGCAGGUGUUUCGGUCGGCCACACUGGGAGCAGAUAUGGAAGGCCUCUCCUGUCCCAGAGAGCUAUGGUCCCUUGGCCUGAGCGAAUAAGGGAAUGGAUACGGUCUUCGGUGUCAGAGGCGACAUGGGUCCGGUAUGGUAAGGCAUGGGGGGACUGGGUCGCUCUGGAACAGGAUCAUGGUGGGUACACCUCUGCCGCUGAAAGGGUUCAGGGUCUUUUGCGCUUGCUCUGGUUCUGGGAGGCUAGCGGGUGUUCCCCGGCUAUCGGGUUUUAGUUUCUGGUUCAACUUAACUCACGUGCCAGACGUUACUAAGGAUUGCAUGGUUCGGCUUGAGAUGCGCGGUUGGUGUAGGGGUCCGUAAGUGCGGGAUUCGCGGAGGCCGGUUUCAGGUGCGCUGCUGCUGGGGAUCGUGUCGGUCUUACCCCAUGUUUGUUUUUCCACUCUGGAAGCUCGAUUGUUCCUGGUGGCGUUUACUUUUGCCUUUUUUGGGGCUCUCCAGAUUGGUGAACUCGUGAGCCCUAGCAGGCGGACUCCAGGGGGUUUGUUUUUCAAUGAUGUGUCCGUGGUGCAGUGCGUUUCUUGGUGCGGCGGUCCAAAACUGACAUUUUUGGCAAAGGGGUAUGGGUUACCAUAUGCGCCAUCCCUGGAUCGGCGGUUUGCCCAGUCUCGUCCUUUCAAUUCUACUGUUCUGGACGUCCGGGUGUCGCGGGCCCGCUGUUGAUUCAUGGGGAUGGUACCUACCUAUCUCGCUACCAAUUUCUCCGGGUCUUUCGGUUGGUGCUUGAGCGGCUUUGGGGGUCACUCCUUCCGGAUUGGGGCAGCAACGGAAGCCUCUUGUCUAGUUUUCUCUGAUCAGGUCAUUCAGAGGAUUGGUAGGUGGGAAUCUGGGAGGUUUUGGGCUUAUGUACGCCCUACGCGUCUGAUCGGUUUUCUCCACAGGGCCUGGCCAACGGAUCUGGCUGAUCAGGCAUUCCUAUAUCUACUGGGCCCACCUGAGGGGAAGGGUACGCCCGGGUGGGACGUGGCUUGGAAUACCUCAAGAACUGGCGGAGGUCCGAUGGUUCGGGUUCCAGGGCAUGAGAUGGGGCCAGCUGUUGUCGGAGGUUGUGCAGUUGUCUACUUUGCUAGGGGCCCCGUUAGUGGAUGUGUUAGUGGUGCAUCUGGGGGGAAAUGAUCUGGGGGCGCUGCCUGCUUGGUGCCUGGGGGAACUGAUUAGGCGGGAUUUAGCGCGCUUGCGUGUUCUGUUCCCGCAGCUUUGCUUAGUUUGGUCGGGCAUAGUGUCCAGGAACUAUUGGAGGUGCGCACGUGAUCAGGGGGCUAUUGAGCACUGCAGGGUAAAUAUUAAUAAGAGGGUGUCCAAAUUUGUGCUCAGUGUCGGGGGUUUGACAGUGCGGCACCGUAUCUCCGAACGGGAGGCAGCGAACUAUUUUCGCCCGGACGGGGUCCAUCUGACCGAUGUGGGGUUGGACUUAUUUAACUUAGCGCUGCAGGAUGCACCGGAGCAGGCCAUGGCGUUGGUUGGGGGGGUCAAGCACGCUGAUUUAGGCUUAAAUACAGCAGGUGCUAGUGGCGGGUAUGGUCCUUGCUGAACCAGUUGGGAAAAGGAGUACAGUGGAAGAAGGAAUGCUGGGUCUGGUCCCUCCCCUAAACUCUGGAAAUGUUUGGGUAUUUGGGCGUGCCCUCCGUGCCAGGAAAGGCGGCCAGGGGUUGGCAUGUGGAAUUGGAAGGAAAAGGUGAAGGCCAGGUAUCUUGGAUGAGGGGGGAAGGGGUACUCUAGAGGGGUUAUGGUCCGGUUGGCAAGGACGAGUUUGAGUUAUAUCAUGCUCAUAUCUAUUAAGGAUAGUAAUGGUUGGUUUAUAUAUAUGCUUGUUAAUUUAUAAAUAAAGCUGUGGCCUGUUUAUACCACAAUUAUGUUUUUUGGUCUUAAUUGGGGGAGCGGGUUGGUGAGUAUAAUGGGUCGCACCACACAAUAACCACUACCUACACACAUGAAGCUUUUCCUGGCCAUUGGCACUGUCAGAAUGUAAUCCACCUUCCUGGUUAAAAGUGAUUAAUGACUGAAGUCUUUCAAAAUUCAAGUUACUGAUAAAGAGGUGUGAGAAGAAUUUAGUGCUAGAGCAGUGGUGUAUUUAGGAUUUGUGCUGCCCUAGGCGGGACGGUGCUUAGGCACCCCCCCAAUUUAAAUUUUCCCUACCCCUUCCUGUCAAGGCCGCACUUUGACUGACAGACGCUCACUCACUGACAGACGCACACACUCACUGAUAGAUGCAUACACUCAUUGACAGACACACACACUCAUAUACACUGACAAACAAUGACAUACACACACUCAUUGAUUUGACACACUGAUAGACAGACAUACACUAUUACGCGGACACACACUGACCGACACACACACACACAUUCACUGACACACACACACACUUCCCCCACUCACAAUUAUUAUAUAUUUUUUCAUUUAAAUUGAAAUCCACUCAGCCUCCCUACUUUUGGGAUAGCUGGGUGGAUUUUUCACCUGGGGUCCAGUGGGGCUGCUGGGCAGGGAGGUGGCCGGACAUGCAGGUGGUCGGGCAGGUGGCGAGGGAGCUGCAGAGUGAUUCCGGGAGCCGGAAUAUGACGAAUAUGGCGGCUCCUGGCAUUACCGCGGGUCGCACAAAGGAGCAGAGAACUCCGGGGAAAGUGCUCCCUCGCCGCCCGCCCGGGGGAGUCCAAAGGUGGCCAGCCAGCUAGCUCUUGGACUCCCAUAAAACGAGGAAAACAAGGUAUUUGCCUAGGCAUUUGGGGGUGCCGAUUUUUGCCACCCAAGGCAAAUGCCUUGUUUGCCUCGCGGUAGACACAUCCCUGGGCUAGAGCACUGGAUGUUAGAUAAUGUUCUCAAUUUAUAUUGGAUCAUCUUUAGAAAUAGAAGCCCAUAGUAUUAAAUAGUAGACGUACGGGAUAACACACUCACCAAAUAACCCAGGUGCUCUGAAGCCAGGACGACCAGGACUCCUUUCCAAGAUAUGCAGAAUAAAUAACGGUUCAGACACUCCAGGAUAACAAAAAUAGCAGCUUUAUUGGGGAAGCUUGAUAAAAACCCAACACGUUGCUGCUUUUGCCCCGAUAAUGGUGCAAUUUUUGUUAUCCCGGAGUGCCUGUACCGUUAUUUAUUCUGUAAAGCAUUAAAUGGGUAUUAUAUCAGCAGAGAAAUAUCCCGUAAAGCAGUGUUCUCCAACCCAGUCCUCGUGGACCACCAACAGUCCAGGAUUUAUGUAUUUCCCUGUUUUAUUCCAAUGGAGAUACUGAUAAAACCUGGAGUGUUGGUGGUCCAUGAGGACUGGGUUGGAGAACACUGCUGUAAAGGACAUCUACAUCUCAGUGCAUAAUAGCAACAGACGUUUCGGUUGUAACCUCCAGCAACCACAAGUUUUCUGAAUGGAAGGCUAAAUGUUUUUGUUUUGCCAUUGAACUGGUUUAAGUAAAUUCCCCCCAAUCACUCUAACUCUGAAACGGUUUAUAACUUUGUUCCUGCAGGUGGAAUUGCAUGUUCACUUGGAUGCGACCAUAAGACCAGAAACUAUCUUGUAUUUUGCCAAGUAAGUUAUUUGUCUUGGACUGUAUACUCAGCAGCAUGUUAUUUAUAUUAUAGGCUCUACCCAAAGUUGUAGUGAGACUGUUGCUUAGAAUGUCCCUUUAAGUAUCAGAGAUAACCACCUCGGAGCUCAUAUGGAUUUUCAUAUAGAGAAAAAAAAAUACAACUUACAAAUCACAAUAACCAGAAAACUAAAUUGGUGAAAAUGUGGGCCAAAAAAAGCGGUGGCUUAUUACCAACACAAGGUAACUGCGUUAUCUUUUUCUGUAUCCAUUUAAAGGCCAACCCAGGAAUCUACUAUACUUUUUGUAAAUUAGCACUUCCUGUCAUUUCCAAACGUUCUAACCACCAACUACAAGUCAUGCUUAUUUGUACUUAUCUUUAUGUCAAGUGCCUUCAACUAUUUUAUCCUCAAUGUAGAAUACUUGUUUUACUAAUUUCUUCUCGCUCUCUCCUUAUAGUGCAAUAUAAAAAUAAAGCCAUUAAAGAGACAUUAAAGUCACCAAAACAACUUAAGCAGAAUUUUUGUGUAUAGAUCAACCCUCUGCAGUCUCACAGCUUAAUUCUCUGGCAUUUUAGAGUGAAAUAAAUGUUAUAUCUGUUUAUGCAGCCCUAGCCACACCUCCCCUGUCUGUGACUGACACAGCCUGCAUGAAAAUAAAAUGGUUUCAUUUUCAAUCAGAUGUAACUCACUUUUAAAGUUUUAAUCUCCUGCUCUGUAAAUUUAACUUUAACUACAAACAGGAGUCUAUUAAGCUAUUAACAGUGCAGGUGAUUAGAAAGUCUAAAUUAAACAGAAUUUGCAAUAAAGGAAGUGUAAACAUUAGAUGACUCUUUACAGUAAGUGUUUAGGAAGGCUGUGUAAGUCACAUGCAGGUAGGUGGGACUAGGACUGUAUAAACAAAAGUGAUUUCACUCCUAAAUUAAAAACAAAUGUGAUGAAGGCUGAACUUGAUGGACGCAAGUCUCUUUUCAGCUAUGUAACUAUGUAACUAAAUGGCAGAGGAUUGUGCAUGGAGACUGCAGAGGCAUGAUCUAUACACUGAAACUGCUUCAUAAAGCUAAAGUUGUUUUGGUGACUGUAGAGUCCCUUUAACGUAUUUAAGGAAUACUGCUAUAUCUUGAAUGAACGUAUAAUUUUUGCCAUAACUGGAGAAUAUAUAUUUUUCUUGCUUUUCAGUAAUAAUGUUAUUAACUUGCAUAGUGUGCUAUGGGUUACUCGAGCAAGAACACGUUAAAGAAGGUUGAAGAAGAUUCAUAGAAAUAAAAAAUAAAAAAAAGUAAAAAAGAAACAACCAAGUAACCAACUAACUGCAACGUAAUAUACGCAUUGCACCCAACCAAUGUGUUGGUGUCUAAAGUUUUCCAAUAAUGCAGUUAUAACAAUAUCCAGUACAAUUAUAACCAAGAGAUCAUCAUCGUUGUUUCCCUAGAAAGAAACAGAUGGAGAUACCAGGUGGAGAGUGUAUGGACGGUCUUCUGGAGAAAGUUGUUUGCAAAACCCCUGGAAACCUCACAGAAUUUCUAUCCAAAUUCAACAUUUACAUGCCGGCUGUUGCGUAAGUAAAUAUUUGUAUAGCAUAGAGGCAGCUGUGUUCCUUUCAAAUCACUGUAUUUGUAAAACAUCUCCGAAUGCAGAAUAUUGGAAGAAAAUCAGUUGGCGUGCAAAUUUAUAGAAAGAAAGUUUGGCUUGCACACCAUAAAAAAAGAAGAGGACCCCAGAUUUUGUAAAUGGGAGUGAGUUUUUGAUAGUGGGAGAUCCCGUUGGGUCAGAUUAACAUCUCAAACCGACAACAGUUGAUGAUAAUCUCCACAGUCAUUGGACUAGAUAAUGGAAUGUUCUCUUUUCAGAAUGUUUGCCCAUUGGAAUUAAACACUGCUUUUAUUCCCAAAUCACAACAGUGCUUACCACGUGUUAGUCCAUUUAUCGGUCUGUUCCCACCACAUAUAUUAAUCUGUCCCACAUUAACGUCCUUCAUGUGAAGUCAUCAUAACCAGACGGGAUAGAGGGUUCCAUGAGCUCACCUGAUAUGCCAGGUAAAGGGACCAUGUAGGAUCACAGGUGGAUAAAGUCAUAGAAUAUCCUCUUAACUUGCAAUCCAUAUUCUCAAAUAGCUGUCAGGAUUCUAUGCACCCCAAGGUUACCUGAUAAGAUGAGUUUUCAUCCCAGGCAUCCUACAGCGGAAAGAUGGUAGGUGCAUCGGAUCCCUAAAGGACGUAGAAAUUAUUUUAGAGACUUUGUGAGUGAGGAUGGAAAAUAAGUGUAGGGGGAGGGAGGCAAGGCUUUUCCUCAAUGGGUGUUUUACCCAUUUCUACACCUUGGCAAAGCAACGACUCCUUAGGCAACCAUCUAUUUCAUAGAAAAACACACAGACUCCGAUAACUUUUACAAAGUGUAUAUCUGCAAUCUAGACUUGAGAAAGGCACAUAUAUGUCGAAAUGUUACUCUUUCACUUUGAUGGCUGAAUAAACCCCCUAAAUGUAUUGCUGGGUAUCUUUAUUUAAAAUUUUUAUUGUCUGCAAUCUAUGUCCAUUUAAUCAAAACACUGAUAAUUUUUUUUAUUUUUUUUUAAAUCCUUCAGUGGUGAUCGUGAGGCAGUAAAAAGGAUCGCCUAUGAGUUUGUGGAGACGAAAGCCAACGAAGGAGUUAUUUAUGUAGAGGUCAGAUACAAUCCUCACCUCUUUGCCAACUUUAAAGUGGAUCCAAUCCCAUGGGGACAGAAAGAGUAAGUUUGUGUAAACAUUUAAAUAAAAUAAAAUAAAGUUUAAAGUAACAGUGGGCACUAGAACCAUAUUGUCUCAUUGAAUUAUAGUGCCUGGAGUCCCCGGCACUGCCCCUCAUUCAAUGUGAAACAAUUUUUGAGCAUUUUAACACUCAAUAAGGGUCCAUGGCCACCCACAGUCCAGUUCUUGAUAUUACACACUUCUUUGUAGUCAUACUAGUUCAUACCAGCAAUGGGCGCUGUGAUAGGUUGAAAGCGGUCAGCUGACACUCUAAACCAAUCACAGUCAUCCAUUGCUGCUCAGGCUAAUGCAUCCUUACUAGCCUAAGAAGCACUGAAGGGAUGGACCAUUGGGACUUUUGUUUAGCAUUAAAACAAUUUAAAAAAAAAAAAAAAAAUUAAUUACACGCACAUGAAAACAAAAGAAAAAUGUAUAAAAUUAAAAAGCCCACCAUGUAUAAUCCAUUGUACCAAUGUCGGAGCAACACAAGAGGUAAGGCCUCGGUGGUUGUUAAACGAGAGAGCCCACAAAUUGCCUCCUUUCUCCUCAGGUAAUGCUGUGAAGGCUUAAAGAACCCAGUAUUCCGUGUGGAAAUAUUUGGCAUAGUUUUCACGGACUAUCUAUAUAGUCCUGUCCUAUGGAGGUCUAUGUCACACCAGUACAAGAGCUCUACCUUUCGUCUACACACUUUGCUAGUCAAUUUACUAACAAAUGCAUAGCACAUCAUUGACCAUUCACCAAAAAAAAUCUGCUUAUGUACCAUUAGCACAUACAAACAUUACCAAGUUUUGGUUUUGAUAAACUAUAACCGGUUUACGCCAGCUGUGAAAAUUUUACAAAAUCUCAAUUUGUGCUGUGUGUAUCUCCCACAGAGGAGACCUUACCCCAGAGGAAGUGGUUAAAUUGGUCAACGAAGGACUGAAGGAAGGAGAAAGAGACUUCAACAUUAAGGUCAAGUCAAUCCUUUGCUGCCUGCGUCACAUGCCAAGUAACAUUUACUAUUACAUUUGUAGCUCUUACAAAUAAUGUUUGGGUUGUCCAUCUCUGCAUACGUCUGCUAAACUCUCAAUGGAACAAUUAGAGAUUAAAUCCCUUCAUUUUAUUCCCCAAUAUUGCAAUCUGGGCAUUUGUUAAAACCAAUUUUCUGGGUUCUUAUGGAUAAAAGCCAUGAAUGUGCAGAUAUGAAAUGGAGCAAUUUCAAAUUAGCAACAAAAGUACAGGAACCUCAUCAUUUAAAAUUAAUAAAUAAUUAAAAAUAUUAAUAAAAAAGGUGAUAUUUUUCAAAAGUGGCCCUAAAUUUAGCAGUAUGGAUUUUAAGAGUUCAAUUUGCCAUUUAUAAGGAAUUAAAGAGGACUCCUGGUCUAUUUAUUAAUUUAUGCACUGAAAAUUAUUUAUUCAGGAAAAUAUUUGUCUUUGAGCAAUUUCUAAACUCUUUCAGCACCAAUCCAGGGGAUAAUACAGAGUCAGAUCAGUGCUUUAGUGGUUAUGGUACCAGAAGUCUUUAAAUGUUGUUUAUCAGUAAUCUGUCAAACUGUUAACAGAUUAACUCUACUCUUGGUGUGUUGGGUACUACCACAUUAUCAUACCAACCCAUACUAAUUUAAGGCAGUGUACACUGGCUGAGAAUGUCAGGUGACAGCUGUCAGCUAGUGAAUACUGUGUAAACCAGGUAUGGGUUGGAAUGAAAUGCAGUAUUCAAAGUAUUCCACUUUAUCAAAACAACUCAGAAUGGAAUUACCAAGGAGGCCUGACACAGCAAGAUUAGAGCCCGUUUUUAAAUGGUUUGGCAGAAUACCAUCAGAUGGUACUCAGGGCUUCUGGCACUAUAACCACUACAGAACGCUAGUGAUGAUGCGAGAGUGCCCCAUUAAUAGGUGUUUCAGUUUGAGGCUAAUUAUGAUUACAAAAUGUGCUUUUCUUAAAUUCUGAAAGUGAAGAGUUUAGUCAGUCAAUUUGCCAUGUAGCAAUUUUUUUUUUUUUGAGACAUUCUAUGCGCAUACUAUGUAAAAUAAACCAAAGGUUUACUUAAAGUAAAUGCAGGUUAAAUCCUUAAAAUUAUACGUGUCUCUGUUAAAGAAAUUCUAUAUAUCUAUUUUAUAUGAUUUGUGUUAUUGUGAUGAUCUUAAGCCAGGGUGAUAUUCUUUGAGCUGUUUAGUGUAUUUCCAACAGGUUGGUCACCGGAGAUCGCAGAGCUCUGCAAAAAGUAUCACAAUAACACUGUUGUAGCGAUUGAUCUGGCAGGUGACGAACGUUUGAAGAGUGAAACAAGUCCUGAACAUAUGUGGGCUUUUGAGGUCUGUAUUAAUCACCGGCCCUUUAUUCUAUUUUUGAAAACAAAAAGAACACUAUAUGUCAGUGAUGGCGAUCCUAUGGCACGCCAUAGGUCGUCGGAGGAAGGGAGGGUGCGCUCCGCCAGCGCAUCCAUAAGGCGGCACAAGUGGCCGCCUUAGGGCGCACCGGCCCGGCGGGCGCAAAGCCGGAGUGACCGGCAGGAGGUGAGCGCAUAGCGCAUAGCGCUCCCUCCUGCCAGGCACUCUAUGUAACGAGCGCGCCGCGGCAAAACUUAUAUUUCCACAUACCGGCGGUGAAAGUAAAAGUACUUCCGCAAAACACCUGUCACAGUACAGAAACUGCUUCCGCAAUGCGCUUCGCUGCCUUACAAAGCCAAAACUCAAAGACACACACCUGAGAAGAUAAGAGAAGAGACAACCACAAAGAUAGAGACACAAAGGUAGAGAACCUGAGGUAGAGAGAACAUAGCGCGUAGAGAAGAGAACACCUGAGAUAGAGAGAGACAACACAAGGAAAUGAGGAAGGAACAACACAAAGAUGAUAGAGGAAAGACAACGAGAUAGAAGAACCUGAGGAGAGAGGAGAAUGAGGGAAGAGACAACCUAUGAGGAGAUGAGAAGAAGAGGACAACCACAGAGAGGAGAAUGGGGAAAAGAACCUGAGGAGAGAGAUAGGGAAAGGGAACAACCUGAGAAGAUAGAGAAGGAACCUGAGAAGAUAGAAGGGAGCACAAGGGAAGAUAGAGGGAACACAGGGAGAGAUAGAGAGGAAAGAGAACCUGAGGAAGAUAGAGAGGAAGAGGAACCUGAGGGAGAUAGAGGAGACUGAGAAGAUAGAGGACUGAGGAGAUAGAGAGGACUGAGGGGAGUAGAGCAGGGAGAUAUAGAGGAGAACUUGAGGGAGGGAUGGGGAAAGAAAAGCAGUAGGGGGGAGAGGGGGGACGACAUACACACAGCACUCCUGCCCUACACAUAUCACCCACACAAACAUCACCCCACACAUAUCACCCCACACACAAACACAUACACUGUACCCCUCAAUGCAGUGUGUGUAUUUAGCAGUCUGUGUGUGUGUACACUCAGCAGUCUGUCUGUGUGUGUGUGUACACUCAGCAGUCUGUCUGUGUGUGUGUGUGUGUGUGUGUGUGUGUAUUUAGCAUUCUGUGUGUGUGUGUGUAUUUAGCAGACUGUGUACUCAGCAGUCUGUGUGUAUUCAGCAGUCUGCUAAAUACACAUACAGACAGACUGCCGAGCACACACACAAACUGCUUAAUACACACACAGAUGUUAAUUAGUUCGGACAACUGUAUGAGUUGUUUUUUCUAAACUUAAACCUCAAUAUUCAGGUUUAAUUGCCAUUUUGGCACUUUGAGGAAAAAAAAAAUUGGCAUGUAUUACGGUUUGGGCACUCAGGCUCAAAAAGGUUCGCCAUCACUGCUAUAUGUUUUAUAUUAGGAGCCUGUGUGGUUCAGGGUUCCAGAAGUGGAGCAAUCAGCAGGAGUUUUCCACUGGUUUCCAUGGUGACUGCUCUGAAAUUAGAACUUUGCAUCACGACUGUGAGUUCUAUAAAACUCUAGUUGUCUUUCCCUGACAUUCCCCUUUGACUCGACAAAAAAUAUUUUUGUGUGUUGAUGCUCGGACAGAGGCUUAAGCAGAACUUGCCCAAUUAUUUAUCACACAUUAUUGUAAGAUAGUGUUGGUGGGAUUGAUUAGACACUUUCUGGGUUAUUUACUAUGGUCCGGAUAAUGCUUGAGCUAUAAUGUGCAAAAAAUACAUUUUUUUUUUGUAUAAUAAAAUAGUCUCCUUUGUAUUUUUCUGAAAUAAUUAUGGCAUAUGACCUUAUUAAAAGAUUGAAGGGUUUAGUUACAAAACAACAAAUGAUGUUUUAUUGAAAACCAAAUGCCAUAAUAUAAAUAGAAUGGAGGUUAAAACAGUGAAGCUGUGAUCAUAACCAAGAGGCAGAAUUUUAAAAAAUCAACUGUUUUGGACUAAAUUUAGCAGUUUGGACUUCAACCAACUAUAAUUCACGGUUUAAAAGAACUGUAUGGGCGCCAUAAUAACUUAACCGAAAAAGUUGUUAUGGUGCCCAGAGUUCCCUGGCGCUUUCUUACCUCGCAGGGUUAAACUGUUCUUGAAUGGUCUAACCCCAAAGAUUGCUGUCCAGCACCGGAUCUCUCUGUCCCUAUUGGCAUCUGGUUUCUUCAAUGCAGUUUCAGAAAGCAAGUGUUGCUGGGUAGGGUGGUCAGUUCGUACUCUAAGAUGAUCAGCAGCUCCCCAUUCAUAAAUAAAGCUACGUACAGGUUACAAAGUGCCAGGGGCCUUUGAGCACCAUAAUAAUUUAAUUUCAAUUAAGUUGUUAUGGUGCUUGGAGUUUUCCUCUAAUGAAUAAUCACAUAAAUGCUACACUGAGACUAUAUCACGCGUUAUUUAGCAAAUUAUGCAAAGUCUCCAGAUGAAAUCCGUUGAAGUGACAGUUUCCCUUUAAAUUCCUCUAUAAAUUUUGUGGCUGUUACAUGGUAUCCUAUGAUAUUUUCUGCAUCACUGUCUACAUCUAAGGGAAUGCCCAUUACAUUUUAAAUUUCAACCAGGAACUUUCUUUUUUUUUUUUAAAUAAGUGAAACUUUUAAUGUUCUUGAUACCCAUGUACAUUAUACGUAAUAUGUCACAUUCAUAUUCUCAUGAGCAACAUUCUCUUUUGCAUUGGCACAGGAAGCAGCGAGGUGUGGAGUCCACCGAACGGUGCAUGCUGGAGAGGCGGGGCCACCGUCGGUGGUCAAAGAGGUGAGAUUCUAAAGUGUACCGGCCCUUUAAGAAUUAAAUGGUGUCGCUAGAAAGGAGGGGUUUAUUUACUAUAAACCAGACUGCAAGAUUAUGCAACUCCGCUAUAGUCACGUGGAUUGGCUACUUCACCUUUUUAUGUAAUUCAAUUUUCAGUUUACUACAAAUGGAUGUUAAAUGAAUAUACCACAUAAUGCUUACAUUACAGAAGCAAAUGAUUCUGUUUUAUUCAUGUGACAUUAUUUAAGCUUUAACUCUGUGUCAUUGGAAAAAAAUAUAAAAACAUGCAAACAAAACAACAAACAGUUUCAACUAAAUAGCAAAAAAUAGGAAAACAAUGCCAAUAUGCUAGAGUAUCGCAUAUUUUGGCAUCUUGCCUACUGGACUAAUACGUCUAAUCCAAUCUAGAAAAUGGUAGAACUAGGAAAAUUCUUAGCUAUGCUUCCAGUUCAGCUCCUUUAUCCUUAAAGGACCACUAUAGUGCCAGGAAAACACACUCGUUUUCCUGGCACUAUAGUGCCCUGAGGGUGCCCCCACCCUCAGGGUCUCCCUCCCGCCCGGCUCUGGAAGGGGGAAAGGGGUUAAAACUUACCUUUUUCCAGCGCUGGGCGGGGAGUUCUCCUCCUCCGAUCCUCCUUCUCUCCUCCCCGUCUGAAUGCGCCGCAGCGGCAAGGCGCUGGCGCAUUCAACGUCACUGGAAAGCAUUCAUAAUGCUUUCCUAUGGACGCGAUGCUCUCACUGUGAAAAUCACAGUGAGAAGCAUAAGCGCCCUAGUGGCUGUCAAUGAGACAGCCACUAGAGGAAAUAGGGGAAGGCUUAACCCAUUCAUAAACAUAGCAGUUUCUCUGAAACUGCUAUGUUUAUGAAAAAAUGGGUUAACCCUAGCUGGACCAGGCACCCAGACCACUUCAUUAAGCUGAAGUGGUCUGGGUGCCUAGAGUGGUCCUUUAAAGGAACACUAUAGUGUUAGAAAAAAGCUCCCUGGGCUCUGGCUAGGUCUCUUCCUCCAAUGUCAUGUCAAUAAUGGGACCUAAUGUGUAUGUAAGGGAAGUGCCACAUGCUCAUUAAAGCUUUCCCAUAAGUAAGCAUUAAAUCGGUGCAUUCCUACGGGGGACACAGAAGAUGUUAGCUGUCCUCAUGCAAAGUGUGGGGAUAUCUAAUGUCGUUUAAUGGAGCAAACCUUCUUAAGGGACUUGAAAGCACCUCUAGUGGCUGUCUGCAUCUGUUAAACAGGUAGGGGCACUGCACCCAGACCACUUCAAUGAGAUGAAUAGGUCUGGGUGCCUGUGCUGUCCCUUUAAAUUUGAAAUUCACUUUGAUCCGUUGUUUUAUUAUUUUUUUAUAUGUCCAUAGUGUUAUUUAGAAUUUCUAAUUUCAAGGCAAAGUCCACCAUGUUAUCACUGGUUUUCUAAAGAAUUUAGCUUUAUCAAUUUUGUUUGUUUUAAUACAUUAAUGGACUUGAUUAAUAACUGCAAUAAAAAGCUCUUAUUUACUGUUCUGGAGAGUACAUUGUGUGCUAGUUAGGACUCAAAACCGCCCCUGUCUCUCUGCUUUUCUUUUCCCUGGGUGAGCUGGGGUUGCCAGAUCCAUGAGGUUUAACUGGACUUGUAGCACUCUGACAUGCUGAUUUGUAGCAUUCACAGAAUCAGGUAACUGCUCAAAGCAGACCUGAGCGGGGACUAACUGAAGGGCAAUCUACUGACUUUCUCUAAGCUUUUGCCCUCAGAUUUUCCACUCUGAUAUUCUCUGUUUUUGUUGCAAAUCAUUUGCUAAGGCUCUCCCUAAGCUAAUAUGUUAAUCCAGACAUGGACACUGCCUUGAGGGGUAUCAGCUACACCACGCUGUCGAGGCCCAAUGUAGGCCGAAAUGAUCAUUCCGGGUUGCCGUAUCUCAUGUGCAGAGAGGACUUGCUGGCAUUUGGGUUCUGAACUGCCCUAAUGGGUGGUAUCAUUCUGAUAUGCAAAUGGUAUAGGUUCGCUUUUCAAUGGCACAAGAGAGAAAAAAUACUUUUUGAGACCUGAGUGGGGACUAGCCAAAAGACAUUCUUAGGGUUUUUCUAAGCUGUUGCAUGUUCUCAUAUUCUCUUUGUUGUGUUUUGUUUUAUUCUUAACUGCUCAAAGUAGGUCCAGAGUAAGGUAGAUUCGGUAUGUAUAUUAGUCAGAUUUGAGCAAAGAUUAUCAUGGUAUGUGUAUCAAAAUAAUAUCCAACAUAAUAAAAAAUGUAAGUUUCUGUUGCAAUCAUUUCUUCCUCUUUAUUUCCCAUUUUUCUAUCUAGUCAGAUUUAAAGGGAGAGAGGCUUACUACAAUUUUCCUCCCUAUAUCCCCUUCUUACCAGUCUAUGCGAAGACCAUCCAUGCUGAGUUAACACACCCUUUGACUCUGUAUCAAGCACAGCACUUGAGAGAUAUCUUUCAACAGAUAUUGGUACGAUCCUGCAAUUACCAUCACAACAUCAGAAGUAACACAUGCUAAUAUUAUUGAUACUAUUGGCAUGAUUACUUUGUAUAUUAUUUUGAUACACAUAAUGUAAUGAUCUUUGCUCAAAUCUGACUAAUAUACAUACAGAAUCUACCUUACACUGGCCCUAUUUUUUACUGACAAUUAAGUGUCAUGUAUACGGUGUGGUAGACCUGUCUCAUCUAAUAUAGGAAUAGCCUUACAGGGCUAAGGAAUUUAUGUAUAUAGCUAUUUUACUUAUAAGUAAAUUUUUUGUUACAAUUGUCUCCACCACAGAGAUCACACCAUUACUUUAGAUACAGGUAUAUAUCUAGGGAGCCCUCUCCUCACUUAUGUGAGAAGAUUUUGGCAUAUUCUUUUUUCCUUUUUUUAAAUCACUCUAGUUUCUGUUUUUGCAGUACUAGCCACACCUCCCCUGGGUGUGACUGACAACCUGCAUGGGAAAAAAAAAGGUUUCCUUUUUAAUCAGAUGUUAAUUUAAUUUUAAAGUUUUAAUCUCCUGCUCUGUAAAUUAAACUUUAAUCACACACAGGAUGGUCCUGCAGAGUCUAGCAGGCUAUUAACAGUGCAGUAGGUAAGACAUUCUGAAUUAAAAAGUACAUGCAAUAAAGGAAGUGUAAACAUUAGAUGUCACUUUACAGGAAGUGUUUAGAAAGGCUGUGUAAGUCACAUGUAGGGAGGUGUGACUAGGGCUGCAUAAACAAAAUGAUUUAACGCCUAAAUGGCAGAGAAUUGAGCAGUGAGACUGCAGGGGUAUGAUCUACACUCCAAAACUGCUAAAGUUGUUUUGGUGACUAUAGUAUCCCUUUAAAAUUUACAUUUAAGUUUAAUACGCAUUUAUACAUGUGUGUCUGUCUGAAACUAUAUCCACUGUAUGUUUAUCUACCCCAUAUUUUGUGGAUUUAGACAGCAGUUAUUUCUUUUGGGGUCAAAGCUAAAUAAAGAUCACUUAUGUAACUUUAUCUCACUUAAUUUCCCCCCUGAGCCAACACCAAUAAUGUUAAGUCACUGCACACGAGACAGACUGUUUCUGCCAGCACAGGAGACCGUGAGGCGUUCUGGUCUAAAACAGAGGUCCCAAACCUUAUUUGGGCCAAAGCUCACUUCAGUGUUAGAAAAAAAAAUAAAAAAAAAUUCCAGAGCACAUUUGCUUGAAUGCUUAACACUCAAAUAUGCACACUUCAAGCCAAAUGGACAACUUUCACGUGGGAAUCACAAUUUUAGUGCUUACACAGACAAACACAAAAAUAAAUAAAAAUAAAACGAAAACAAAAGAAAUAUAUAUAUUUUAAGAACCGCAUUCAACCUUUUUUAGUCUUUAUAUCAAUGUGCUCAUGGGCGGUGCUAAAUUGGUCACCGCUGCAGCCCUGUCACCGAUGGAGAAAGUAAAAAUAUGUUGAAAUAGCCCGUUUAAAGCAGAGGUAUAGCUAAAUAGGAAGCACUUUCUAUUUUGGAAAGGUGGCAUUUCACUUUAAAUUUAGCCAAGCAACACAUUUAAAAACAGGACACAGAAGGUUAGUGCCAGUUCGUGUCAGUAAUAGCAAUUGGCAAGGGUUUAAUUAUACCAGGUGACCUUGCGAUAAUUAACUGGCGAGGGUAUCAUGUCAAAGAAACUUUAACCAUGGACAAGAACUACUCUAAAUAUAGAAUAAAGAAAAAAAAAACUAGCUAAACUACAUAUAUUUUUCCACUUAAAAAUCAUCUAUCAUCUUAUAUGGUUUUGAUAUAAUUUGGUACACGUUUUUCGUUAUAUAUUUUUUGCUUUAUACUAUUGAUAGUCUUAUUAUCAAUAAUAUUUUCUGGUUCACCUGUUGAUUUACCAACAGUAAUACUUUUAAUCAAUAUAUUAAAUGCUAUGUUUUACUUAAAAUGAUACUAGUAGGGAAGUACUUCUCUAUUGUGAAACAGAAUAUUAAAUCGCUAUACAUAGCUAAACAAGCUGAGCGCACACAAACUACCUGGGAGUCACAGCUUAGACACAGGUGUAUCAGUCAAUUGAAACCAGGGGGAAGCAAUCACACACAGAGCGCAGUGGAAUUGAUGGGACUUACCGUAAUUAGGGAGGAUGAACUUGCAUGCCAAAAUAGAUAAAUAGGAAAUAAACUUGCAGAUUGAAUAUUAUGGCCUGAAAUUUUAAAUUAACGGGUCAAUUCAUGAUGAUUGGUUUGGUGACAAACCUAGAGAAUGUACUAUUCCUGCUAUAAGAAUGGCAUACGGUAGCUAGUGAAGCUGACAAUCUAAUCCAUGGGUAGACAACCUCCAGCGCUUCAUAUAUUCUGAACUGCAUCUCCCAUAAUGCUCUUGUAAUGCUGGCAAUGCAUCAGGGGAGAUGUAAUUCACAACAUCUGGAGUGCCAAAGGUUGCCAACUCCUUAUUUCAUCAAUACCUUUUAACCACAACUGUUGUUUAACUGCAACUCUCAUUAUGCUCUAACUGCCUCUAGGCUGGCAAAGAAUCGUGGGAUUGGUAGUCUGACAAUAUCAGGAGGGCUAGCUGUUCUAGGAAACGUAAACAUGAAUACAUUAUUAUAGAGAAUUUCCUGCAAAUACAUCAAUGACAUUUAUAAAUGGAUUUGACUGAGUAUAGUUUAAAUGUUAAACAAUAUACAAAAUAUUAUUUUAAAUAUAUUUUUAAUACAUUUGUAUUGACAGUCAGUUUUUUUUCUUUUUUUUUUUUUAAAUAAUUAUUUUGUCACCAAAGCUUGUGUUUCCUUAACUUCUAGGCUGCACUGUUCCCCAUUUAUUUGCUAGAAAUACUGCCAACCAAGAUGUCUUGGCUUAGGUUUCUGGGAGUUAUAGUUCAGCUGUUUUCUUUCUAUAGUAGAACACUGGCAGUUGAAACUGGACUCCCAGAAACCCUUGCCCUGCACAUAAUGCCACACAGUUCUAUAGUUUGUUAAAGGUACACUCCGAGCAGCAAACGAAGUACAGCACAGUAGCACACUGUAGUGGUUAUGGUGCCAGGAGUGUGCUGGAUACCCCAUUGUAAGUAGUUAGUUUUAGAACCUCUCCAUUCAUGCAGACGGAGAGCUUGUGUGUAGGUAGUGGUUAUUGUGCGGUGCGAACUAAAGCAAUCAAAAUUACGUUAUCCCAAUUUUCCCCCCAAUUAAAACCAAGAGACAUAAAUGUGGUAUAAACAGGCCACAGCUUUAUUUAUAAUAAUAAACAUAAAUCAAUCAGCCAAUAUUUUAUCGGAAAAUAUUGUCCUUGCCAACCAAACCAUAAUAACUCCCAGAGUACCCCCAACCAGGGUAACUGCCCUCCCCCCUCGUCCAAGAUAACUGGCCUUUUAACUUGGCCUUCCAAUACCCCAUGCCAACCCCUGGCCGCCUUUUACUGGCACGGGGGGCACGCCCAACUACCACAAACUCUCCGAGGUUAGGGGAGGGACCAGACCCAGCAUUCCUUCUUCCGGUGUACUCGUUUUCCAACUGGUUUGGCAAGGACCAUACCCGCCAGCUGUGACAAGAAAGAAAGUUAACGAUAUACAAUACGCAACAAUCACAAGCAAGGGUGGGCGGGAGGGAAGAUGUUACCAGCCGUUAUUCUAAGAUGGCUGAGGUAAGGGACAAAAUGACUGCCCUUUUAUAUGACCCCACCCCACCCCUAACCUAAGUGACACCCCCCCACAUGUGACACCUACACCUACCACACCCACACAUGCCUCCUAUCCGGCUAGCUUUUAGCCCGCCUCCUCUGGGCCUGGAAGCUUUGAUCGCUCUCAGCCAAUGCCUACACCAUGCACUGCAUGUCUUCGUUCAGACAGAGAUCUUACAUCUCUCUUCUGGAAGUAUCUAUUUCCACUGGGAGACACCAGGGUACUCCUGGCACCAUAUUUACUACAGUUUGCCAUGUAAAUUUACAACUUGAUUUAAUAUUGUUAGAUAAGCUUUACAAAUUAUUUAAUAUUUUGAAAAUAAUUUUAACACUGCAAUAUGUUUUGAUAUAUUGAUAUUUGUAUAUGCUAUAUUUUUUUAAUAUUUUAAUAUUCUUAGAAAUCAUUUUAAAAGCUUAUUCUAAAAUCUGAAAUGAUUUGAAAAGCUUAUACAAAAUAUUAAAUCGAGGCUUUAAUUUGCUAGAUUUCAGAGUUUAGUAAAUGACACUGACAGCUAUUUUAAGUAAAUCAUUGCGCAAUGUUUCUGUGUUUUAACUCUUAAAGGCGGUGGAACUCUUAAAGGCCGAGAGAAUAGGACAUGGAUAUCACACCCUGCAGGACCCAGUGCUCUAUAAACACUUACUGGAUAUGAACAUGCAUUUUGAGGUAUGUGCUAAAAAUUGCCAGAAUUUAAUGAUGGAAGAAAUUAAAAAAAUUGGUCCCAAAAUGGCCUGUUCGUUAUGUUGACCUACCCAGCCAAUUUGGAUAAAUAUUUCUGAUAACAUUUGAUUUAAAUUGUGAGCUAUCAGUCAUAUUCCUUUUUUUUAAAUUCCAGAUGUGCCCUUGGUCUAGUUACAUAACCGGAGCCUGUGACCCAGAUUUCACAAAACAUCCUUUAAUCAAGUAAGAUCUAUUGUGUGUUAAUGAUGAAUAUAUGCCAGAAUAUUGACUAAGCUGUCAAUAUGUUUUUUGACACUUGUAACAUGAUGCCUACAUUGGUUGGUUUUAAAGGGACAUUAUAGGCUCCCAGACCACUUCAGCUCAUUGAAGUUGUCUGGGUGCAGUGUUCCAGGUCACUUAACCCUGCAAUUGUAAUUAUUACAGUUUGUGAGAAACUGCAAAAAUUGCCUUCAAGGGUUAACCCCACGUCUAGUGGCUAUCUACCAGAUACCCACUAGAGGGACUUCUGGGUAGUUAAGGGACUUUUGGUCACCUAACUGACGCUACAAGUCCUCACACUUUGCACGAGGACAUCCAGCGUUACCCCAAACAACAUUGGAAGGCAUUAUACAAGGCUUUCCUAUGGGGGAAGUCCUAAUGUGAGCCAAUGUCAAAGGAGUGGAAGAGUGCUCACUACAACCUGCUGUUUAGUGUAUAAACCCCAAAUAAGUUAAAUUAAUACUGUGCUGCAGGAGAGUGUAAAGAAGAAACGGGUGUUUAUCUUGGAGAAUGAAAUACUCAGCACACGAUUUAAAUGGUUAGAAUUUAAUUUCAGUCUUAUAGUGACCAUUUACAUAUUAUCCCAUAUUGCAGGGAUUUCACGGCAAACGGACAGGAAAACCUUCUGUCAUGAUUAGGUUAAAUACAUAAAUAAAAUGAUAAUUCAUUGCAAUGCUACGGCACAGUCCAGUCUCGGAAUGAGAAUUUGGUUUUAGAGUCUUGUAACAUCUGUCUUGUCAUUGGUAAUUACAAUGUUAUGCCGAAAAAGUAAGAGAGCAAACAAAUCCCAGCAUGCACUGCUUGUGUUGUUAGCGUGGCCAAGUCAGACAGUCGAGACCCAUCUGGUGUUUAACUCCUUCCUGUGCUUUAAAUCCACAAUAUAGUUACAAGCAGAGGAGAUAUCCAGAAAUAUACGGUUCAUCAUUCCUGUCUGGAGGAAAAUAAGGAUUGGUCUCCUUAUGUGGAAAAGUUGUUUUGGUACUUAGCCCAGGAUAAGGGAUCCAAGUCUAGGAUUAGCAUCUUGGAGUAGAAUUAAGGGAACACUAUAAUACAAACUUAUAUUGCUAACACUAGAGUGCCCCAGACCCUAUCAGCGAUAGGCAACCUUCGGCACUCCAAAUGUUGUGGACUACAUCGCCCAUAAUACUCUUACAGCCAUAAUGCUGGCAAAGCAUCAGGGGAGAUGUAGUCCACAACAUCUGGAGGGCAGAAGGUUGCUUACCCUUGCGUUGUAUAUAGGUCUUCCCCUUUUUCAAAUAAAUGUAAUAAAAUAAAGUUUUCACUCACCUUUUUUCAACACCAAAAUUCCAUUGGUGCUGCUCACCUCUCUGCCUCCCACAUUGUCAUUGAGUGGAGAGGAGAAUUUGGGAUUUGAUGCACAUGCACGCUCUAAUGCUUCAUAGAAAAGCUUUGAGUCAAAUGCUUUCCUAUAAGCAUCCACAUCAUGUGAUUACAUUUUAUUCAGACAUUGCCUUAUUGCCUCAUUUAGAAUGUUUUACAUUCAAGGAAGCUGCAGUGUUUUACAUUGCAGGGUUAAAAUGAAAGGACCACGACACCAGGACCACUACAUUGAGAUGAUGCAGUCUGAGUGACUAUAGUCUCCUUUUAUGAAAUAUUGGGUACCGUUACAUGGAUUAGGGUGGCCUUUGAGGGUAUUUGAGCACUGGAUAAGCUGCUAUUGAUGCCACUGAAUUUUAACAAAUUGCCAGUUCCAAAGACCAGACUGUGGAAGACCUGUUACAGACAGAGUUAUUGACCAAGUAUUUGGAAAUCAAAGUGAAUUUUAAAUUAAAGGUCAAAGUACUCAGUCUGGCAGCAUAGCUGACAUGGAGAUGUUUACCAGUUUGGCAAUUUUGAUCUUUAAUUUCAAAUUCACUUUGUAUUCCAGACUUUUCUCACUUUAUAGAAUAAGCCUAUGAAAGUUAAUGAGCACUACUUAAAUCCAUAGCCUUUCAGCCAAAUCUCAGAAAAUGUAUAUAGUCCCAUUUCUUCCUCAACUUCUUGCAGGGGCGGACUGACAACUCACGGGGACCCUGGGCAAUAGAAGAUCAUGGGCCCGUCUUGUACCCACCAGCUUGGAUGCUACACAAAUAUAGGCCGCGCCGACAUACACGCACCGUCCACAUGUUCAUUCUUGACAUACACAGAUACACAUACAGAUACACAGACACACACAAACACAUAUAGAUACCGAGACACACACACAAACAUAUACAGAUACACAGACAUACAGAUACACAGUCACACACUAGCACACAUACACAGCCUUACACAUAGACACAUAGACACCCAGAUAUACAUAGACACACAGAUAACAUUACAUAGUUUUAACCAUCCCUUCUGCUUUCCUACCUGGUGUCCAGUGGUAUCUGGUUGAAUAUGAUGGGAGUUAGGCUCUCCUUCCUCUGGUGCUGCCUCUUGGUCUCCCUCCUUUCUGUCCAGGCAGCUCGUUGCUAAUUAGGGUCAGGGGAAUUUCCUCCAGCACAGCAGCAAUAGAUCAGGGGACCGUAAGCGCUGAUAAAGGGUCCCCUGAUUUAUUUUCAUCGGAGUGGCCCGCGCCAAAGGCGCACAUCAACAUAUGUACGGUCGUGACGUGAUGUUGCGCGCCUACGCACACUAGGCUGCAUUCAUCAUCAGCUCUGCUGGGCCCUGUUUCUUGUAACCACUGCCUCACCGAGCUCAAGGAUGGCGCGGUUAUUGCGCAUCGGACUCGAGUGGUCGGGGUCAAUUUAGUAGUGUGAAUGACUGACAGUGCCAGACACAUAGAGUGGGCGGCAGGCCCCCUUACUCGGCCAGGCCCUUGGACCAUGUCCGAAGUGCCCGACCGCUCAGUCCGCCCCUGACCUCUUGUAAUAGACAUAAGUCUGUGGGUUAGUUGUCUGUGGGCUAGGUACCUGAACUUCAAUCUGCUGAAAGAUAGUUCUGACUCGAUAGUUGUUAAUUCAAUAAAGUACGACUUUUGACAAAUAGUUUGUAGCUAAAUUAAAUUUCAGAAAAUGGCCUUAAAUUAAUUUAAAGAAACUGGUUUUUAAUUUUACCUGGUUAUGUUGCAUUAUGAAGAGGUGGAGGGCGGGUCAGGGUUUGAUGACAGAUUCUGAAUUUGGUCCAACUAGUUUAACAUCUUUGACCAAUAAGAGAGUGUUCUCUUAUGUAUCAUUUGAGGGUCCCUUGUCUUUCUACAUGUACUUUAGGAGGUCUGAUGUACAUCCUAUGCCAGGUAUUCCACCAAUCAUAUUUGUCUAACCUUACUACCUGGACAAAAUCACAUGUCCCUCUACACAUUCAUAGGAACCCUCCUUCUUUAUUCCAGUUUGAGAGUUCUUUAUAUCUCCUCGGGGGUGGUACCUCAUUUUGAGUAACAAAGUUUAAUAUUGGCCAAUCUCAGAACAUUUCUUCCACUCUGUGCAAAUUCUUCUCUUUCAAUUCAGGCUCAAGGCAGAUAAAGCAAACUACUCUUUAAGCACAGAUGGGCCACUUCCGUUUGGAACAACACUCGAAAAUGAUUACCGUAUUGCAGCUACUUCUAUGGGAUUCAAUGAAGAUGAUUUUAUGCGUAUAGUAAGUCCACUCUUCUAAUAUUUUCUCCUGAGCGUCUACGCAUUGUUUAACCCCUUAAGGACCAAACUUCUGGAAUAAAAGGGAAUCAUGACAUGUCACACAUGUCAUGUGUCAUUAAGGGGUUAAACCACUGUCUCAAUCAGGCUUCAUAACAAGAAUUUUAGCAGUCCAAGAAAAAUGUAAUUUAGCCUGACAAAUAUUAAAACGAUAGAUGGGAAUUCAAAAAAUAAAAAAAUAAAAUACACAACUGAACUCUGCUCGUGUACUUUUUAACAGUUUCAGUUUUUAAAAAUAAGACAACUAUCAAAUGAAGAGAGGAUAAUAAUUUAAAUCUAGGAUUGCCAGACACACUUAAAAACGAUCAAUUCUACAGAUCUGAAACAAAAAAUAAAUUUUAAAGUUAUGAGAAUUGUUGUGGGAGAACAGAUAGAAUUAAGGGGAAAUCGUAACAAUGAAUGUAAUUUUUUUUUUUUAAUUUUCAGAACAUCAAUGCAGCCCAAUCCUGUUUUCUACCUGAAUCAGAGAAACAAGAACUUCUGAGUAAGGUCUACAAUGCCUAUGGUUUGACAGUCAUAUAAAAAGGUUCAAAAACACAAAGGUCCCUCUGAGUGGUCCUCUUUGGUUGAGAGGAAAUUAGUAUGAACUUCGGAGCAUCUAUCCAAAAAAGGAAUAUAUUCAGCAUGUUGUAACGUCAAAUAAAGUUUUGCAUUCACUGUUAGUAUAUAUUGAAGGCUGUAUUUUACAUGCGCAAUGGUUCAAUAACUCAUAUUUUUAUGUUUAUAUUUAGAUGCAUGCAGUUAUAUUAUUUAAAAAAUAUCUCUGGGGGGUAGUCUGUCUACAAGAUCUCACAAACUGAGUCAAGCUAAAUGUAUUAUAUCAAUAAAAGUCACUUUGACUCUCAAAGUGUUUCUGAACUACAUUUCCCAUAGUGCACAAGGCUGACCGGUUGGACUGAGGUAUCAAGGUGAGCCGUUUUGCUAUUAUAUAAACGCAUUUUAUAACUUAGAUAAGACAGAACACUGAGUAAGUGGUGAGCAGACCUAUUGGUGGGCAGGAUCUUACCAGUCUCAAAUAUGGACAUCUACACCGGUCUGGCUAAUAGACAAAUGUAGGCUUGAUUAAAUUCUUUCAGUGUGCCUGAUCCAGACAUAGUGAGUAUAAAAAAAAGUAACAUGUAGAAGGAAAAGAUGAAUUAACAAUAAAACAAAAAAUGAUAGUUGUAGGAACAAUGAUGAAGGCAAAGCAUUCUUAUGAUCAGGAGGUUUCCAUGUAUGACACUAGCUUAAACCGACGUUUUGGAAAUUCCCAAACUGCUAGUUCCAUAUCUCGUUCCCAUAGUUAGCUGGUAGUAGAAAUGUAUUGGAAAGGGAUAGGCUGCCAAGCGAAGGUCUAUGGUACUACCAAGCCACCAUCAAUUAAUGUAGCCCACAAACAUCUGGCCUCUCUGCAAUCUCAAUAAAGACUCGCCAGUCUGAAUAGUAUUCUCUAGAAUGGC